GUCAAUCCCAAAAACUUUUGGCCGCAGGCGAUCAAAUGUUGGUGAGAUUCAGCCAUUGAGGAUAUCUUUUCUCUACACAUUGGGGGAUAUCUUUUCUCUACACAUUGAGGGAUGGCCCCAUGGGUGUUGAACACAGACAGACUUGCUCAGUACAAAUAGUAAACAUGAAGAAAUGCAGUGAAAUCAGGUGCUCAGAUCUAAACAACCAGCAAGCUUGAUACCAACACUACACCCACACACCCACCACCACUCUCACUUUCACUGAAAAUUCAUUCAAUUCAAACUCUCUCUCUCUCUCUCUCUCUCUCUCUCUCUCAAAUUUUUUGACCAUUGUUUUCAAGGUUGGACAUGUUAGCUGUGAUUUCUCUGCCAUAUUCCCCACAUGGUCUGAAACCUUUCACAUUUCUUGCAUAGUGUCAUAGGUUUCCUCUUGCUUAAUUUUGACUUAUAAAAUCCCAAAGACUUCAGGACAGCAAUACGCAUUUUUCUCUGUUUAUUGCUUCUUCUCCUUUCUCACUCCGUAUUAAAUGUGUGUGAGAAUUGAAGUUCUUUGAGGAUUUGAGGUACCCUUUACAGCUAGAGAAGGAUCUGGGUGUCUUCAAGAUUGGGUUUUUGCAAACAUUCCUGUUUGCAUCUGGGUUCGAAGGUACCAGAAUCUCAUCUGGGUAGUAAAUUAUUUCAAAUCUGUGCCAAUUUUGGGGCUUUUAUGGUCUUGAGGUCCUCUCCAACGUAUAGGAGGAAAAUGGUAGUGGCAGGAAAUGGCCUGUUCUACCCAAUUGUUGGAUUUGCAUCGUGUGUGGCUUUCAUCUACAUGUCCUUCGGUGGCUUGGGGACGAACUUACAGGAAAAAACUAAGUUGGGUUUUGUGGAGAGGAAUGGGACUCAGUUCAUGUUAGAUGGCAAAGCAUUUUACAUUAAUGGGUGGAAUUCUUACUGGUUAAUGGAUCAUAGUGUGGAUGAGUAUACCAAACCCAGGGUGCGGGAGAUAUUGCAAGCUGGUGCGAAAAUGGGUCUUACCGUGUGCCGAACUUGGGCCUUCAAUGAUGGAGACUACAAUGCCCUCCAGAUUUCGCCUGGUCGCUUCAAUGAGCAAGUGUUCAAGGCUUUGGAUCAUGUCAUUGUAGAAGCUAGACAACAGGGUAUCAGGUUGCUUUUUAGCUUAGUUAAUAACUUGCAAGCAUAUGGUGGGAAGACUCAGUAUGUGAAGUGGGCGUGGGACGAAGGUGUUGGUUUGAGCGCUUCCAAUGAUUCCUUUUUCUUCGAUCCUUCCAUUCGAAAUUAUUUCAAGAAUUACGUGAAGACUCUUCUAACGAGGAAGAAUACUCUCAAUGGAAUUGAAUAUAGAGAUGAUCCUACCAUUUUUGCAUGGGAGUUAAUAAAUGAACCCCGUUGCAUUACUGAUGCUUCAGGCGACACUCUCCAGGACUGGAUAGAAGAAAUGUCAGCAUUUGUUAAAGCAAUUGACAAGAAACAUCUACUGACUGUGGGCCUUGAAGGAUUUUAUGGUCCUAAAAACCCCAAAAGGUUGACUGUGAAUCCAGAAAUGUGGGCAUCUAGACUUGGAUCAGAUUUUAUUCGCAACUCCAAGAUCCCAAACAUUGAUUUUGCUUCUGUUCAUAUUUACCCUGACCACUGGUUUCAUGAUAAAGAAUUUCACGAGAACCUCAAAUUUGUCUCCAAGUGGAUGCAUUCUCACAUAGAAGAUGGGGACAAAGAGCUGAAUAAACCUGUGAUGUUCACUGAAUAUGGAUUGUCAAACCAGAACAAAGACUUUGAACCAUCUCAGCGCGAUAGAUUUUACAAAGUUAUUUUAGAUGCCAUUUACAAAUCUGCAAAGAAAAACGGGUCUGGUGCAGGUUCUUUAGUCUGGCAGUUAUUCGUCGGAGGAAUGGACAAGUAUAAUGAUGAAUUUGGGAUUGUUCCAUGGGAAAGGCCAUCUACAUAUAAGCUGAUAAUAGAACAAUCAUGCAGGUUGGCUAGACUCCACAGACCAACUCAACAACAGCGAAAUUUGAAAAACUUGUGCUCGCAAAGACAGUGAAAUGCUUAUUCUUUUUCAGCAUAAAAAUUUCGUUUUCUUGGAGGCUAAAAUGCGAUCUCUGUUAUGGUUCAACCGUGCUUGAAGGAGAGAAGCAGGUCUCGGUCGUGUACCAUACUCUUUCCACAUAAUACGCAUUAUAUAAUUUCAUUUUAAAUGAUUCAUUUGAGUUUAUAGAAGCUGUUAUAAAUUGUGAUGUUAUCAAGCUUUUCAUAAUGAAAGUACAGAUUAACAAGCAGAACAAGGUCUUUUUAAAUUAUUGAAUAUUUUGCUUUUGCUUGUAUGCAAUGGUAUUUGUUGCAGUCUUGAAA